UUCUGCGAUUAGCCUACACGCAAACGGAACACACCAUCUAGUCUGAGCAGUGAAGGCAUGAGGAUUAGGCCUAGCCAUCCACCAUCAAGUAUUCUCUUGGAAGCGUCAUACACCCUGACAAGUUAUUAUCUCAUUGAAAGUGGCAUAUUUGGACUUUAAUGACAACUUGAUGCGCGUACUCAAUGGAUGGUAGUAGCCAGGAAUGUUGAUCCGUAGCCAAAAGCUGUGUGGUUUUGACUUGCAAGACAAGAGACGCUUGGAGCGCCCUUGUGAAAAUGCUGGGGUGUGAUUGGUGGACGAAGCGGUGCGCUUGACAAGCGAAGGGGCUGGGUAGCAGCAGCAGCGGACUCGAGGCAAGAAAGGAAGGAGAAACCAAUCGAAGCAGGAUUGCCGUGACAGCUACGCUUUUUCAACAACAUAGAAACAAAUCCAGUGUUUUCAGACCAUGUCUUUUUAGACCAAGGAUCACCAAGAGAGCCUCCGUUUGUGGUUUGUAUACUCACUCUGAGUUUUGUUGCUGGUCUACGUGUGUGUGGGUGUGUGUCAGCCCGCCGUCACCAUGACAGCAGAGGAGAUCAUCAAUGUGAAGGAGGUGGAGAUCAUCAAGGUGAUCCUGGACUUCCUCAACUCCAGGAAACUUCACAUCAGCAUGCUGGCCCUGGAGAAAGAGAGCGGAGUCAUCAACGGACUCUAUUCUGACGACAUGCUGUUCCUCAGACAGCUGGUGUUGGAUGGGCAGUGGGACGAAGUGCUCCAGUUCAUUCAGCCGUUGGAGUGCAUGGACACGUUUGACAGGAAAAGGUUCCGUUACAUCGUCCUGAAGCAGAAGUUUCUGGAGGCCCUGUGUGUGAACAACGCCAUGUCUGCUGAGGACGAGCCACAGCAUUUGGAGUUCACCAUGCAGGAGGCAGUGAAGUGUCUUCAUGCUCUGGAGGAGGUCUGUCCCUCUAAAGAUGACUACAGCAAGCUAUGUCUGCUCCUCACCCUGCCUCGUCUCACCAACCACGCUGAGUUCAAGGACUGGAACCCCAGCACGGCGCGGGUGCACUGUUUUGAAGAGGCGUGCACCAUGGUAGCAGAGUUCAUCCCUGCAGACAGGAAGCUGAGCGAAGCUGGGUUCAGGGCCUCAGGGAACCGCCUCUUCCAGCUCCUCAUUAAAGGAGUUCUGUAUGAGUGCUGCGUCGAGUUCUGCCAGAGCAAGGCGACAGGCGAGGAGAUCACGGAGGGCGAGGUGCUCCUGGGGGUGGACAUGCUGUGUGGGAACGGCUGUGACGACCUGGACCUGUCCUUACUGUCCUGGAUGCAGAACCUGUCCCACAGCGUCUUCUCCUGCGCCUUCGAGCAGAAGCUGCUCCAGAUCCAUGUGGACCGCCUGGUCAAGCCCGCCAAGGCCGGCUACGCAGACCUGCUCACCCCGCUAAUCAGCAAGCUGUCCCCCUACCCCUCCUCGCCCCUCCGCCGCCCCCAGUCCGCCGAUGCCUACAUGUCCCGCUCCCUGAACCCGGCCCUGGACGGGCUGUCCUAUGGUCUGUCUGGCCAGGAGAAGAGGGGCCCAGGGGGGGACAUGGCGGGGGGGAAGGGGGUGUCCCCCAUGUCUCAUUCCUUCGCUAACUACCACACGGGGGGCCAGAGUCUGAGCAGGAGUCUGAUGCUGGAGAGCUCCGACUGCCACAGCAUCUUUGAGGAGUCGCCUGAGAGCUCCAGGACGGACACGCCCGUAGAUAAGAUGAUGAGUUCGGGCACCCUGCGCCCUGACUCCGCCCCUGGAGAGGACGCCCCAUCACCAGGCUCUGCAGAGAGGAACGAGCUGCAUGACUCGACAGAGAAGUUUGAGGAGUUCUACCGCCAGCGUCUGAGAGUGCAGCAGCACCUGGAACAGAAGCAGCAGCAGAGACAACUCUACCAGCAGAUGCUUCUGGAGGGAGGGGUAAAACACAGUGACCAGCCAGCCCCCGGGACAGACGCCAUGCAGCACAGCCUCACUGAGACGUUCCUCAACAGGUCUAUUCAGAAGCUGGAGGAGUUGAACGUUGGGAUGGAGAGUCUAGAGGAGGAUGUCCAGUCUCUGGCCCAGCAGUGCAAUGGUACCGGCCCCUCUCCCGAGAACAACAAUAUCGGUGACCCCGUAGGCUUGACCCCUGACCCCGCCGUGACCCUGACCCCCGAGCAGGGCCAGCUCCAUGGAGGAGGGGUGGUCAGCAGCACGCCGCAGCGCACCGCAGCGGGUCGGGGGGUACACCCACCGAACGAAUCCCCAGUGGUCUGCCAGAGUCCUCAAGUAGCCGGACAGCCUUCCGCAUUAGACGACUCACCAGGAGCCCUAACCCGAAGUAAGGAGGGGGACAACGGGGACAAGCCCAAGGCCCUGUUUGUAGCUGUGAACACCUUGGAGGACACUCAGGCAGUGCGCGCUGUAGCCUUCCACCCCACGGGGGCGCUAUACGCUGUGGGCUCCAACUCUAAGACGCUACGCGUGUGUGCCUACCCAGAUGCACCGCUGGACACCAGUGGGGUGUCGGGUAUGACCAAGCAGCCGGAGGUUCGUUUUAAGAGGAAUAAACACCAUAAAGGUUCUAUCUACUGUGUGGCCUGGAGUCACUGUGGAAAGCUACUAGCCACCGGCUCCAAUGACAAAUACGUCAAAGUCCUGCCCUUCAGUGCCGAGACCUGCAACGCCACAGGUCCAGACCUGGAGUUCAGUAUGCACGACGGGACCAUCAGAGACCUGGCGUUCAUGGAGGGACCAGAGAGUGGAGGGGCCAUCCUGAUCAGCGCCGGAGCCGGAGACUGUAACAUCUACACCACUGACUGUCAGAGAGGACAGGGCCUACACGCUCUCAGCGGACACACAGGUCACGUUCUGUCUCUGUAUACGUGGGGGGGGUGGAUGAUAGCGUCAGGCUCUCAGGACAAGACUGUGAGGUUCUGGGACCUGAGGAUACCCACUUGCGUUAGAGUGGUGGGCACUGCCUUCCAUGGAUCAGGCAGUCCCGUUGCCUCGGUAGCGGUUGACCCUAGCGGUCGUCUCCUAGCGACGGGACAGGAGGACAGCGGCUGUAUGCUCUAUGACAUCAGAGGGGGACGCGUUGUGCAGACGUACCGGCCCCACUCCAGCGACGUGCGCUCCGUUAGGUUCUCCCCCGGGGCACACUACCUGCUCACUGGUUCCUACGACACCAAGGUCAUGGUCAGCAACCUGCAAGGUGACUUGACGAAGCCGUUGCCCCUGACUCUGGUAGGGGAGCACGGUGACAAGGUGAUCCAGUGCAGGUGGCAUACACACGACCUGUCCUUCCUCUCCUCCUCCGCUGACCGUACCGUCACACUCUGGACACACAACCCCUAACAGACACAUACUCUUGUCCUUCCUCUCCUCCUCCGCUGACCAUACCGUCACACUCUGGACACACAACCCCUAACAGACACACACUCAUGUCCUUCCUCUCCUCCUCUGCUGACCGUACCGUCACACUCUGGACACACAACCCCUAACAGACACACACUCACGCAACACAACCCCUAACACACACACACGACCGGUCCUUCCUCUCCUCCUCUGACCGUACCGUCACACUCUGGACACACAACCCCUAACACACACACACACACGACCGGUCCUUCCUCUCCUCCUCUGACCGUACUGUCACACUCUGGACACACAACCCCUAACAGACACACACGACCUGUCCUUUCUCUCCUCCUCCUCUGACCGUACCGUCACACUCUGGACACACAACACCUAACAGACACACACUCACGCAACACAACCCCUAACAUGCACAUAGCUCGUGAACACACACAAAUAUAGACACACAAACACAACCCCUAAGUCACAUAUAGUGGACAUGCAUAACCCGUAAUACACAACCUGGACACACACAUGCACCCUUUUCCUGACACUCUUUUUCCUCUUGCAGCAAACAGGACAGUUUGUCCCUGCUGUACAAUUUGGUUGUGUGGCUGUCUCUGGGUAUCUUUUAGCUGUAUUUAGGUUUGAUUUCGUAUCUUGCUCAGCUCCCCUCAACAUCACUUUAGCAAAUGCAUCCCCUAGUUGAGUGAGUGAGUGAGUGAGUGAGUGAGUGAGUGAGUGAGUGAGUGAGUGAGUGAGUGAGUGAGUGAGUGAGUGAGUGAGUGAGUGAGUGAGUGAGUGAGUGAGUGAAAUGGAGAGAGUGAAAACGUACACCAACUGACCCUUCCCUUCGCUCUAUCACACCAUUCCUCCACUCGCCCAUGACUCUUCACAUAUUCAUCUACAAAUGAUACAUCUACUCCAUCAUGUUUUGAAUAAGGAGAGGGAUGUUUUGCUACAGUGCAUUGUUUCAUAUGGUGUCUUGAGUUAUCCAGUCUCCCAGUACAGAAACCCAUGUGGGUCCCUCUCCAUUUCAGGUCAAAAAGUUAAGUUAUCUGUGAGAUCUUUUCAAGAACAAUUUGACAUUCCUAAUUAGUUUGCACAGUCAGUGUUUUUGUUACAGCGUGUGUUACUAUGCUGCUAUUAUUUGAGAAGAAACUAAGGCAACGAUGUUGCGAUCUAAACUGCUGACAAUAUGUCAGUGUGUGACUCUACAUCAGGUCCUCCUUGCCGGAGUUGAAUCUGUUGCAUAGGUCGAUCAAUUAGCUAUCGGUUGCUUAGCUGUUGUCAAUACUACUACUGUGGGAGUUUCCGAUGCCUAACGUUACUGUGCAAGUCUGCCCACCGUAUUUCUGCUUUAGGCUUUGUAAAUAUCGGAGACAAAAAUGUGUACGUUUUUAAUGCUGAAUCAGUGUUUGGUGCAAAAUGCUGUCUUCAGACAGUUGUUGUGGUGUUUCUUGCUAUGGCUUGCCUCCAAAUAAGAAAAAUAAAAUAGUUGUUUUAUAUCGACUUGGAAGGGAAUAACAGAUCUACUUGUUGGCUUGGCCAGCUUCAGCGUACGGUUAAGCAACACUCCCUGUGUAGUGUAGCUUUGCUUUCAUCUGCAAUGUUACUGGUUGCUACCUAGAUGGCAGGCUCUGCCUAUUUGGAAAGGGAGUAGCUUAUGCACAAUAUCUUCUAAAAUGAUCAACCGUAUUAAGGGUGUUUUAGUUUCUUACUUUCAGCUUCUGUAUUUUGCACUUUGUCACUAGACACACCAUUUAAUACGGUUUCGUUUGAUUUAGCAAAAUGCAGGCUUGAGUUUUAGGCUUUGUUCUUUGUACAGUUUCUCAUUUUAAAUGAAAAGGCCAAACUAAUAAAUAGAUGUAUUUAUUUAUCUUUUAUUAUUUUUAAAAUGUUCUUGUAAUAUAGGCAUCCUUUUCUGUUGAAAUGAAAUUAGAUAGUGGUUCCGGUAUGUAGCUUUUCUAAACCUUGUUUUAAGUGACUAAGAGAAAUGAAUAGAGCUUAUUGAAGUGUUAUUGCUGCUGUGGUAUCUAAAUAAAAUCCUCUUUGACAUUUCAUACUGAA